GCCAGCUUCAGCGGUUUUCGGCGGGCCCAAGCGCAAUUUUUUAUACAAUUUUUUUUCCGCUUCAUUUUCUGGUCGCCUGUUGUCAGUGAGCGAAACUCAGUGUCAUUUUUAGUGUAGUCUUAGCGGUUCAUCAGGGCCACGGGGCUCGGGGCAUAGCGCACUUCUCCCUGGGCGGUGUCCACUACCCGGCGACGUGGAGUGGGCAGAUUCGGGAGAAGUACCUUCCUCUACAAUCUCUUCCGCAGAAACACCGUCACGGCCUGCCCCUCCUCCCAAACCUCCUAACAAGAUCGACUUUUACAACCUCUGCCUCUCUACCGCUCUACCGCUCUACCUCUCUACCUCUCCACAACACUACCGGUCAGUGUCGCAACGAUAAAACUGAGGUAAUUUACUCUUCCUCGUUCAAUUGGCCCGCCGCGAGGCCCCCCGUGUCUCGUCUCCAAGUUUCUAAGCGCUUUGCCCGCGGUAUUCAUUUCCGUUGACUCACCGGGAAUAUAUAUGGCUUAGCUCCCUCUCUCUCUGUCCCUCCCUCUUUCUUCUCUCCUUGGACACUCGGGACACCUCGGCGGGCGACAGCUUGUUCCUCUCUACGCUACCGCGGCUGUAUCAGCCGUGGAGGGUCGAUACAAUUACCCGUAGACCGCUGCUCUCUCUGUUCGCUCCGCCAUAAUGUUUUCAGCACGCAUAGCGCGGGCAGUCGUCCGCGCUGGCUCUCGCCGAGUCACCCCUCGAACCGCCUGCCUCUCCCCGGCUAUCGCAUCGAGCGUUCCGUCACAGUCCUCCCGAGCUGCCUUCUCCUCUGCCCGAUCGAACGACUCGACCACGCGUGCGGCCGUCAUACAAGUCCUCAACAAUGUCGGUUCGAAGCGUGAGGUCCAGCAAUACCUCUCCCAUUUUUCCUCCGUCUCCUCCCAGCAGUUCGCCGUCAUCAAGGUCGGGGGUGCCAUCUUGACCGACUACCUCGACGAGCUCUGUUCCUCCCUAGCCUUCCUCUACCACGUCGGACUUUUCCCUAUCAUCGUCCACGGAGCCGGUCCGCAGCUGAAUAAGCUUCUCGAGGACGCUGGCGUGGAGCCCGAGUUUGAGGAGGGGAUCCGCAUCACCGACGGUAAGACGUUGGGCAUUGCGCGGCGCCUUUUCCUGGCCGAGAACUUGAAACUCGUACAGCGCCUGGAAGAGAUGGGCGUCCGUGCCCGGCCGAUCACGUCUAGCGUCUUCACCGCCGACUACCUAAACAAGGAUAAGUGGAAGUACGUUGGUAAGAUCACUGAGGUCAACAAGGAGCCCAUACAGAGCGCCAUCGAGAAUGGCUACCUGCCCAUUCUUACCUCUAUGGCCGAGACGAGGGAAGGGCAGGUGUUAAAUGUCAAUGCCGACGUCGCAGCCGGAGAGCUAGCCCGCAAGCUCGAGCCUCUCAAGGUCGUUUUUCUUAGUGAGAAAGGGGGACUGUUCGAUGGCAAUGUGCAAAAGAUAUCUGCCAUCAACCUUGAUGAGGAGUACGAGCAUAUCAUGUCGCAGCCGUGGUGCAAGUUCGGAACCCGACUGAAGAUCCGCGAGAUCAAGGAGCUUCUAGACACCCUGCCGCGAUCGUCUAGCGUUGCCAUCAUCCACCCCGCCGACUUGCAGAAGGAGCUGUUCACAGACUCCGGGGCUGGCACUCUCAUCCGCCGAGGGGACAAGUUGAUGACUGCAGAGAGCGUGGCGGACUUCAGCGACCUUGGCAAGCUGAAGGACGUGCUCGUCCGUGAUCGCGAGGUCCGGGAUGCUAGGGUCACUGUAGAUCGCUACCUAGACUUCCUACGGGGACGAAAGUUCAAGGCUUACUUUGAUGAGCCCCUGAAGGCCUUAGCCGUCGUUCUCGACCCUACCCCUGACCAAACCUACUCGACAUUGGCCACUUUGACGAUUACCAAGUCCGGUUGGCUAACUAACGUCGCCGACAACAUAUUUUCUGCCAUUAAGAAGGAGUACCCCAGUUUAGUAUGGACUGUCAAGGCCGACGACGAGAACCUCACCUGGUUCUUUGACAAAGCGGACGGUAGCAUCGUCAGGGGCAACGAUGUCAUGUUCUGGUACGGCAUCGAGCCGGGGGAGGAGCUUAAUAAACUCAUGAGAGAAUUCACCAUCCAAGGCAGGGCGAUGCUCGGCGAUUCCAACCUAGAGUCUCGGCUCCACCGAGCAGCACAGAUCGCUUCCGAAAACCUACGGGCACAUUUUGCUUCUGGAUCGGCGGCUAACCAGGCGAGAGGCUAUUCAACCCUUUCCCGCAGUCCCGUUUUACUCGCCGCCGCCGCUGCGAGCGCCCUCUCGCACAUACCCCGCCGAAGCUUUGCGACCGAGACCAACCCGAACCCCCCAUACGGCAAGAAGCACGCGUCAAACACGCAUCCUUCUAAGGUUGCCUUAAUCGGCGCUCGGGGCUAUACCGGGCAGAACCUCAUCGCGCUCCUCAAUUCACAUCCUAACUUCGAGCUCCGACAUGUGUCGUCGCGGGAAUUAGCCGGGCAGAAGCUAGAAGGCUAUACGAAGAAGGAGAUAAUCUAUGAGAAUUUGAGCUUCGACGACGUCUACGAGAUAGAGAAGAAAGGAAAGAUAGACGUAUGGGUGAUGGCGUUGCCGAACGGCGUCUGCAAGCCGUACGUUGACGCGAUCAACAAGGCCAAGGAGCAAUCGUCAAGGGAAGACAGCAGCGUGAUUGUGGACCUGUCAGCCGACUACCGAUUCGACAAGUCAUGGACGUACGGGCUCCCGGAAUUAAUAAAGCGAUCGCAGAUUGCGCAGGCUACGCACAUCGCAAAUCCCGGCUGCUACGCCACGGCCGCCCAGCUCGCCAUCGCGCCCCUCUUGGCGCACCUCGGCGGCCAGCCCACCGUGUUCGGCGUUUCCGGAUAUUCGGGGGCGGGCACCAAGCCAUCGCCUAAGAACAACGUGGAGCUCCUCAAGGAUAAUAUUAUACCCUAUAGCUUGACGGACCACCUGCACGAGAAGGAGAUCAGUAACCAGCUCGGGGUCGACGUCGGAUUCAUUCCGCACGUCGCCGUAUGGUUCCAGGGCAUCCACCACUCGAUCAACAUCCCACUCAACAAGACGAUGACGUCGCGCGACAUCCGGCAGAUCUACCAAGACAGGUACGCGGGGGAGAAACUUGUGAAGGUGGUGGGAGAGCCCCCGCUAGUCAAGGCCAUUAGCGGGAGGCACGAGGUGGAGAUUGGCGGGUUCGCAGUCCACAGCUCGGGGAAGCGGGUGGUGAUAUGCGCGACGAUUGACAACCUGCUCAAGGGAGCGGCAACGCAGUGUUUACAGAACAUGAACUUGGCUCGCGGCUAUGCCGAGUACGAGGGGAUACCCCUGGUGGACUAGGAGAGAUGAUAUCGCGAUCGCAUCAGGUGUUCUCGGGCUUUGCCGGACAGGCGAGUUGGACUUGUAUAUAGGUAUUCGAAGUAACGUGGAGCCUCGGACGAGCACUAUAGACACUGUUCAUAAGCGAAGCGCGUACCGUACGAUCGAAUAGGUUCACCACGUCGGACUUGAGCACCAAGAAUCCGUAAGCGCUUGUAUUCGCACGUAGAAAAAACUAGGUGUAAAGCCGAGUAGCUAUUGCACGGAAUAGAGACGACAGGAGUAUAUGCCAACCCGAC